CGUGAAUUAUAGUCACAGCUGCUCAUUUAGAGAUCUAGAGAGAGAGUUCUAGGGAUAGAAAAAUUAAAUGGCAGAUUGGGGGCCGGUGGUGAUAGCGGUGGUGCUGUUCGUGCUGCUGACUCCGGGGCUGCUGUGUCAGAUUCCGGGGAGGAACACAGUAAUUGAAUUUGGAAAUAUGCAUACAAGUGGUCUUUCUAUUUUAGUUCAUACUAUCAUUUUCUUUGGGUUAAUCACUAUUUUCCUUAUUGCCAUUGGAGUCCAUGUAUAUACAGGUCACUGAGUUCUUGAUUCUGUAAUCUGUAAUCUGUAUUUUUUCUUUUUUUUGGGGGAAAUUUUUACAGUUCUUGUUUAUUGCGUUUGUGGUAUUUUGCUAGUUUCUCGAACUUUUAUCGAAGUUGUCAGAUCUGUGUUCCAUAUUGUUUAUAUGCGAUUUAUUAUUCUGA